CUACCCUUCGCUCUUCUUUCAAGCCCAGGGUUUUUGUAGGGUUUAGUCUCCAAACCCAAUGCGUUUAUAGCAGAAAGUACUACCCGAUUCCCUGUAUGCUACAUACUAGUGAGCAAAGUUCAGAUAACCAGAAGCAAAACCCCAGACGACCCAGGAGUUAUCCAGGGUUUAAGCUUCAGUGUCAUUCUAAAGCUGUGAUUUUGCCCAAUAGAAAUUCUUCAAUCAAUGGAAGAAAAAAAAAGUACGGAGGUGUCUUGCCUUCAAUUUUACGGGCUCUGGAGUCUGAUGGCAAUAUUGAAAGAAUCCUUAAUUCUUUUUGUGAGAAUUUGAGUCCGAAAGAACAGACUGUUGUACUCAAGGAACAAAAGAGUUGGGAGAGAGUUGUUCGAGUUUUUGAGUUUUUCAAGUCACGUAAGGACUAUGUGCAUAACGUAAUUCACUAUAACAUCGUGCUUCGCGCAUUGGGUAGGGCUGAGAAGUGGGAUGAACUGAGGCUUUGUUGGAUUGAAAUGGCUAAAAAUGGUGUUUUGCCGACUAAUAAUACUUAUGGAAUGCUUGUUGAUGUUUAUGGGAAAGCAGGACUUGCAAAGGAAGCACUUUUGUGGAUUAAGCAUAUGAGAGUUAGGGGUGGUCUUUUCCCUGACGAAGUUACCAUGAAUACUGUUAUCAAGGUUUUGAAGGAUGCCAGAGAGUUCAAUAAGGCAGAUAGAUUUUUUAAAGGUUGGUGUGUUGGGCGGUUGGAGUUGGAUGAUUUUGAAUUGGAAUCUUUUGUUGAACGUGAGCCUAAUUCUGCACCCAUCAGUUUAAAGCACUUUCUCUCAACUGAGCUUUUUCGAACUGGUGGGAGAAGUCCAAUUGCAACAAGCAGAAGUUCAAUGGUUCUUGAUGCCUCUAUUAGGAAGCCACGGCUAACUUCUACUUACAAUACCUUGAUUGAUUUAUAUGGCAAAGCUGGACGUCUUAAAGAUGCAGCUGAUAUCUUUGCUGAAAUGCUAGUGUCUGGGGUAGCACCAGACACCAUCACCUUUAACACUAUGAUCUUUACCUGUGGAAGUUAUGGGAACUUGUCCGAGGCAGAGUCUUUGCUUGGUAAGAUGGACGAAAGGGGAAUAUCUCCUGAUACAAAGACUUAUAACAUAUUUUAUUCCCUGUAUGCUGAUGCUGGUGAUAUUGAGGCAGCCUUGAAGUAUUAUCGGAAAAUUAGGGAUGUCGGUCUCUUCCCUGAUGUCGUGACCCAUCGAGCUGUUCUUCAUACUCUAUGCCAGAGGAAUAUGGUCCAAGAAGUGGAGGCUGUGAUUCUAGAAAUGGAGAAAUCUGGUAUACAUAUCGACGAGCAUUCUGUUCCUCCUCUUAUGAAAAUGUAUCUCGAUGAACGACAGCUUGACAAGGCAAAAGCCCUUCUUGAUAAGUGUCAUCCGGAUGGCGGGCUAUCAUCAAAGACACUUGCAGCAGUAUUAGAUAUUUAUGCCCAGAAGGGCCUGUGGGCUGAAGCUGAGACUGAGUUCUAUGGUAAGAGAAAACUUGUGGGGAAGAAUGACAUUUUGGAAUAUAAUGUCAUGGUCAAAGCUUAUGGUAAGGCAAAGCUUUAUGAUCAAGCCCUUUCUCUUUUCAAGGGCAUGAAGAAUCAAGGAAUUUGGCCCGAUCAGUGCACUUAUAAUUCUAUCAUCCAAAUGCUCGCGGGUGGUGAUAUGGUGAAGGAAGCACGGGAACUCUUGAGUGAAAUGCAAGCAGCAGGAUUUAAACCGCAGUGUCUAACCUUCUCUUCUCUUAUUGCAAGCUAUGUCCGUCUUAGUCAGGUUUCUGAUGCAGUGAGUGUUUACCAAGAAAUGGUAAGAGCAGGAAUAAAACCCAAUGAAGUUGUUUAUGGGUCUUUAAUCAAUGGCUUUGCAGAGACUGGCAGAGUUGAAGAAGCUGUCCAAUAUUUCCGAUUGAUGGAAGAAUGUGGUGUUCCAGCCAAUCAGAUAGUGUUAACUUCCUUGAUUAAGGCUUAUAGUAAGGUCGGAUGCUUAGAAGGAGCAAAAAAAUUGUAUGAGAAGAUGAGGGAUUCAGAGGGUGGUGCUGAUAUUGUUGCAUCAAAUAGCAUGUUAGGUCUUUAUGCAGAUCUUGGCAUGGUCUCCGAAGCUAAAUUGAUUUUUGAUAACUUGCGGGAAAAAGGUACGUCUGAUGGGAUCUCAUUUGCAACAAUGAUUUAUUUGUACAAGAGCAUGGGUAUGCUUGAUGAAGCCAUUGAUGUUGCAGAAGAGAUGAAACAGUCUGGGUUCUUAAGGGAUUCUACUUCGUACAAUAAGGUAAUGGCAUGCUAUGCCACAAAUGGUCAGUUACGUGAAUCUGCCGAGUUGUUACAUGAGAUGGUAACUAGGAAACUUUUGCCUGACACGGGGACGUUUAAAGUAUUGUUUACCAUAUUGAAGAAAGGAGGCAUUCCGGUUGAAGCUGUAAUGCAACUGGAAUCAUCUUACCAGGAAGGAAAACCUUAUGCCAGACAAGCAAUCAUCAGUUCUGUUUUCUCUGUAGUGGGUUUGCAUGAUUUUGCACUGGCAUCCUGUGACGCAUUCAUGAAAGCUGAAGUCGCCUUUGAUUGUUUUGUAUAUAAUUCUGCAAUAUAUGCAUACGGGUCAUCAGGACAAAUAGAAAAGGCUUUAAAUGUGUUCAUGAGAAUGCAGGAUGAGGGUCUAGAACCGGACCUUGUUACUCAUAUUUAUCUUGUAGGUUGUUAUGGAAAAGCUGGUAUGAUUGAAGGCAUAAAAAGAAUUGAUAGCCAACUAAAAUAUGGGGAGAUCAAUCCAAAUCAGUCCUUAUUUAAGGCUGUCAUAGAUGCAUACAGACACGCCAACAGACAGGAUCUUGCCCAACUGGUUAAUCAGGAGAUGAGGUUUGCUUUUGAACCAAAACAAUAUUCUGAUUCUGAAGAAGUUGAAUACGAGAUGGAUGGAAGUUCUUAGACCGCCUUCUUAUCUGCAAUACUUGUCACUCUUUUAGUGAAGUUGUAUAGAGAGUGAUUCGUUCAAAUAUCCAAGUUUAUAUAUGUACAGAGGAUGCAAUAUCCAGGUGAUGGAAAGCAGGAAAAUGUUAAUAGAGGAAUAGAACAAUAUGCCUGUACACCUUAUUUAUCCACUAUUGUGAAAUGUUGAUUCUUGAACGUGUAUUAUUCUGUUAAAUUCUUCUCCUCCAGCAGAAUUUUUGGCUUCAGACUGUA